AGAUGGAUCUUGUACUCAAUGCUGCAGAUUAUUAUUUUUUUACACCAUACGUAUAUCCAGCCACAUGGCCAGAGGACAGCAUCUUCCGACAAGCUGCCAGUCUCCUGAUUAUAACAAAUCUCGGUGCUUAUAUCCUUUAUUUCUUAUUCGCAACGCUGAGUUAUUAUUUUGUCUAUGAUCAUUCAUUAAUGAAACACCCACAAUUUUUAAAGAACCAAGUCUAUCGAGAGAUUAUGCAUUCUGUCCAGUCAAUGCCAUGGAUAAGCAUCCCCACGGUCUCAGUGUUCCUGCUAGAGGUGAGAGGUUACAGCAAACUGUAUGACAGCAUAGAGGAGUUUCCAUACGGCUGGUUUCGAUUCAUUGCUAGUGUACUGUCCUUUCUCUUUUUCACUGACAUGCUGAUCUACUGGAUUCACAGAGGCCUUCAUCAUAGACUUGUAUAUAAGCACUUACACAAACCUCAUCAUAUCUGGAAGAUUCCAACUCCAUUUGCAAGUCAUGCUUUUCAUCCUCUGGAUGGCUUCCUUCAGGGUCUACCUUACCACAUAUACCCAUUUAUCUUCCCAUUACACAAGGUAGUUUAUUUAGGUUUGUACGUCUUGGUCAAUAUCUGGACAAUUUCUAUUCAUGAUGGUGAUUUUCGUGUUCCCCAUAUCUUCAGGCCAUUUAUUAAUGGCUCAGCUCAUCAUACAGACCACCACAUGCUCUUUGACUAUAACUAUGGACAGUAUUUCACAUUGUGGGAUAGAAUUGGAGGCUCAUUCAAAAAUCCCUCCUCCUUUGAAGGGAACGGACCACUUAAUUAUGUGAAGAAGAUGAUAGAAGAAAAGCGCAACAGCCAUGCAGUAAGUGGUUGUAAAAAUGAAAAAUUAUUCAAUGGAGAGUUUACAAAGACUGAGUAG